AUGGAUGACGAUCGAUCCGGAAACGCUGGCGGUGAUGUGGAGCAGGACCAACCCGUGCCGCGAGCUCGAAAUGGCGAGAUUUUGCGAAAUCUGGCGGGUUUCUGGCUCCUCGGGCUCUGCAACAAUUUUGCGUACGUGAUUAUGUUGAGCGCCGCGCAGGAUAUCUUGGAAAGCGGCUCAAAGAACAAGACAACAGCAACUUGUCAGGAUGCAAUCAUUGAGCGAGAAUGCGCACCGAUGUCGACCGGCUCGGUGUUGUUGGCCGACAUCAUCCCAUCAUUGUUUAUCAAGCUGAUCGCCCCCUUGUUCAUCCACGCGAUUCCAUUUGGAACCCGCCAUGCCAUCGUCGUCCUGCUACAAGCUUUUUCCUACAUCCUCGUGGCUCUUGGCAAGGAUGUCUUCACAGCUCUAACUGGCGUGGUUUUGGCAAGCUUCGCAUCUGGACUUGGCGAAAUCUCGUAUUUGUCCUUGGCAUCUAACUUCAAAAAUGAUGUUGUAUCUGCUUGGUCGUCAGGGACCGGCGGGGCCGGAAUUUUUGGUGCCCUGGCUUAUGCAGUAUUGACAGACCCCUACCUUCUCGGCUUCACCCCAAGAAAUGCACUGCUAUCGAUGUUAUUGAUGCCGGCGGUUUUUGCACUCACUUAUUGGCGGAUAUUGCUAAUCCCAGCGGCUGUCCAUCGAGUUAAUAUUAUGGACCGGUCAACGUAUUUCGUGAAUCGAGGCAAGAUUUUUCGCAGGCCGCUGCUCAAUUCACCGCCAGACUCGCCGACGGAAGAAGAUUUACACGAUCAUCGUCAUUUUUCAUUCGACGCGCUUUCCAAUGAUGAUAAAUGGGCGGCGGUUAGGCCCCUCCUCCGCUUCAUGGUCCCCUUAAUGCUCGUGUAUUUUGGAGAGUAUUUCAUCAAUCAAGGGAUGUUCGAGCUGCUCAUCUUCGACUGUGCGCACGGUUUCGGGCUGUCGCCGGCGAGUCAGUACCGGUGGUAUCAAGUGCUGUAUCAGCUCGGGGUGUUUGUGAGCCGAUCGUCUUCUGGAUGGGUUUCGAUCGCGCCGGGGAUGCUGCCGAUUUUGGCAGGGUUGCAGUUGCUGAACGCGACGCUGUUCACGGGCGACGCGUGGCUGCACACCGUCCCCCACAUCUCGCUCCUCUUCAUCGCCAUCUUUUACGAGGGUCUCCUAGGUGGUGCCGCCUACGUCAACACGUUCCGCGCGGUGCACAAAUUGGCAAGUUUUUUCCAGCCGAGGAAAGCGCGAUUUAUAACGCUU